CUUUUAAUCUUUUUAAGCUUGCUAAUCUUUCAUGUAGGUGUCUUUAAAAGACUUUUUCCAUGUUGGUUUGCCCUGUGCAUGAGAUUUGGAUGUUAACUCUUUACCCAAGCUGAUUUGCAUCGGAGCUUUGGAUUGGUUGUUGUCUUUUCAGAAGUGAUUUGUUUGUUUUUGAACAUGCCUUGUUCUGAAAACAUUGGUGGGGGACUUUCCCCUCCGAACCCCCUCCUUGGCCUCCAUUCCGCCUGGGUGCCGCUGAUUCAGACCACUGGCAUAUCUGUGCUAGACCAGCUGUAGCCCUGACAAUACAUCUAAUAAAGAGAGUGUCAUUAGCAUUUGAAUAGCCAGCACCAUGUGUGGUGAGCACAUACACACUUGAAACUUUUACCCAGGAACAGGCAGCAUAUCAUUGAGAGAGAGCUCUGGCCACUCUGCUCAUAAUUUGCUGUUUAAUCUGUUCUGCUAUCUUUUAAAACCUGUGACAGGGACAUACAUGGACAUCUUUGUUUUAGAGAAAAUCAUCUUGGUUAGCCAAAGGUGGUUUAAACAAAUGUUUUGGGGUCAAGGAUAUUUGGGUUAGCAUAGUACUUUUUAUAUUCAAAGAAUGUCUCUUACUGUUUACUGGCUAGAGGGUGACUGGCACUUAACCUCAUGGACUAAUGGAGUAGCACUGCAUGUCUUUGACUGUUAUUCUAACCCCUCCGGUCUCAUGGAUAGUCUCUCAGGUUUGGGUUUUAGACUGUUGGAAAAUCUCGAAGAUGGAUUUCUUGUUUUUACAAUCCUAUCACUAAACUGAACAACUGAAUUUCAGAAACGACAGGAAUGUUUUGACUCUCAAAACUUAGAGGUCACAGGUCAGGUGUGGGUGGACUCUUUAGUUUGGGGAGAUACCGAGGAAUGUUUCUUGCUAAACUCAUUGAUGCAAAGCAUGUGGCAUGAAGCAUUUGAACUUCACAUGCACAGAUUCUGGAAAGAGGUUGCAAUAUUUUAUUAAUUCAUUUGUUGUUAUUUUCUUAAUUUUUACCCCUUUAUUUUAUCACUUGGAAUGGUAGUGUUAAUCCUUAACCACAAGAUGUCUCCCUAUGUCCACUAUUCACACCAAGCAACUGUUUGUAUGUAAGUUGCAGAUCUCUGGUCAGUAUGUUACAGUAUGGGCAUGAUGAGAAGGAAACUAAUCUGUUUUGUUUGGGUUUUUUCCUUGUGAUUUUGCCCUUUUUAAAACCCUUUCUCAGUGCUAGCACUAGUGUUUUUCUGAAUGAUCUUAUGGCUUCAUUUAUGUGGAUUGUCUGUUUUGCCAGUGUAUUUUCAUACAGUAUAACAUCUUAAUUAUAACAUUUUGUGGUUGUUUUGUCUGAAUUGGUUGUUUUUUUUAUGCAGGGCUAUAUUUGUGUUUGUGUUCUUGCGUAUAGUGAUUGACUAAUUACAGACAGUGUUGUGGCUCAUGCUAGUAUGUCUGUAUUUUCCCAUCACAGAGAUGGCUUUUCAUGUCUCCAUUUGGAAUACAGCACAGUCCCUGUCAAAGUUUUCUGAGCUCAGAUUCAGACUAUAUGUGUCCUUCCCCUUUUUAACUCCCUUCAGGAAGAUGAAAAUGGUGGAUAUUGUAGCACAGAAAAUGCCAUCAGAGAGUGACGUGCAUAUGGCCCGGAGCUUUCUCACGAAGAUUUUACGAAGUUCCAUGAGGAGAAAUGAACCCAUGAGCAGACCUCACUCCUGGCAUGCCACCAAAUUCAACGAGAACCACACGGAAGCCAAAACCCAGUCCACACCCUCACCAGUCUGGCAAACAAGAUAUGAUGCAAGUUCAUUCUCCUCUGAACUCUCAACUGGCUGGGAGCAAACAAAUCUACAGAGAGUAUCUGAUCAGUUCAGCUCUUUGGGGAGUAUGGACAGCCUAGAGCAUAGCUCUCAUCCCUAUCCACCUGGCUGUCUUUCCCCAAGUAAGUCCAACAAUAACAGCACUGAACAUUUGGGUGGUGGUAAACGAGACUCUGCAUACAGCUCCUUUUCUACAAGCUCAGGAACCCCAGAUUACACACUGUCUAAAAGUAACGCUGCAUCCACUGAAAACAUGCUGUACAAAAUUAAUCAGUGGGACUCAAGUGGCAGGCACAGCAAUGGCAGGCAUAGCCAAAACUUAAACGAAGGGGUACGACAAGAUGAGAGGCUUGGAUACUUGCAGCAUCUCUCAAGUACAGUUAACCAUGAGAUCCCAAGAGCUGAAGAACAGCCAGGAACUCGGCAUUCAAACUCUGGAAGAGUUAGUAUUGGACCUGUCUGGCAUGUCCCGGAUAUGAAGAAAAACAUGGUAUCCUGUACCCCACCUCCCACUCCACCGACACGCAGUGAUAGUUUUGCAGCCACCAAGGUUCAUGAAAAGGGUCUGAUCACAGGCACCUCUGAGGGCCUUGGUGUUCAUGCCCAGUUAAAGCCUCAGGUGAAAGCAUUACAAAAGGCUGGAGAAACCUAUGAAAGCACACAAAGGUCUUACCAAGUCUUCGAGACAGGUCUUGAGGGUCGACGCGAUUUUAACCUGCCAUCCAAAAAUGAUUCUUCAAAUUCUUGCAUUUCAUCCAAUGCCUAUCAUCCCAAACGUAUAUCAUCAGACAAGACAUACUCCCUAUCAACCACAGAUGUCAGAGAUAGGCAUCCAUCUUAUGCCCAUGUUCCAUACCAUCCACGGCAGUACAGCGACGAGGGCACUUUUCACGCUCAAACUAGAACAGUGCCAGCAGUGAAUCCUCCAUUCAGUGGCUACUUUAGCAGUAUGCAGGAGCUGCCCACAAACAACCACAUGCAACUAAACAGCCAGAAUCAAGCUAGACGGCCAGCUGCAUCACUUUGUGGUCUUUUUGGAGUUACCUCCCACCAUAUCACUCAGGGAAUGACACAGGUUUCUUUAGUGAGAGUUGAUGACUCUAAAGCUUCUGCAGUCUCAGAAAUAUCACACAGUGGACGGGACAGGAUGUCCAUAGGUUCUCAAGGAGGAACUAAAGACCGCUAUUUCCCUCCUCAGUCACAGCACCAUGAUACAGAUCAUAAGGACAAUAAUGCCUCCUUCAAACAAAGUGACAACCACCAUCGUCUUUCAUCUGCUCCAUGUAAUCCCUUGAAUAUGCCUGAUUCAACAAAACCUUCUGAGCUGAGGGGGAGCCAAAAGCAACAUUAUAUGUCUAGCUCAGAUGAGCAUUCUAGUAGUUAUCCCCACAGUAAGCAACCUGAGCACAGGAGAAAUGCUGGCCAUCUCCAUCAUAAAGAAUACUCACAACAAACUAAAAGCGAGACAAAGAUAUGUCCCCAAAAAACACCUAUGUUGUAUUCUCUGGCCCAAGAGCGCAAUGACAUGGAUGACUGUCAAGAUGAGAUCAACAGUGGAAGUUCAGAACAGGAAGCCAUUGACAGUCAGAGCAGCAAACAGGCAAGACGGAGUGACCGUUUUGCCACCACCUUGCGCAACGAGAUCCAGAUGAGAAGGGCCCAGCUUCAAAAGAGUCGAAGCGCAGCCACUUUAGAAAGUCCGGUUGAAGCUGUAGAGGAGGCUGCUGUCUGGAAGACCACUUCUCCCUCCACAGAUGGCCUCCACUUUUCUAGCUCUUAUAAAGACCAUCUGAAAGAAGCCCAGGCCAGAGUCCUCCAGGCUACUUCUUUUAGGCGAAAAGACCUAGAGCCAGUAUUGUUCGAGCAUCCAGGCACUGAGGGUUCUACUUGGAAUGACACAACUCCGCUUCCAAGUGUUUCCGAAGUCCCACCUAGCAAACCCAUCUCAGGGAGUAAUCAGGUGCUUCGCAUUGGUAGCCGCAAGCGGUUUUCUGCAGAAAAGAAAGUUCGUUCUUUUUCUGAGCCAGAUAAAAUUCAUGAAGUAGGAGCUGAUGAGCGCUCCCCUAUGCCUGACAAUGCUGUACCUUUAGAAAAUCGGUACAGAUUCUUUGAAGCAACAGGAAAAGCAGCUUUCCCUAAACCUAUGCCAAAGCAAAGCAUGCAGAUAUCUGAAGACAACAGACUGUCCAAAACUGGAGGCAUGCACUAUUCUGCAAAGAGUGACACGGCAGGGCGGAGUAACAGUGAUAGCUCAACCCCCAUUGAACAGCACCUUAAUGAAGGUCAGGAUGGCCCACUCUCAGUGAACCGACAAGCCAUGCUAGAACAACAGCGACUUGGUACCUUUGCAGAGUAUGAAGCCAAAUGGAACACCCAGAGGAAGACGACUGAACCAAGGGUAUCUGGACGAUACCACUCCGCUGACAACAUCCUUGAUACAGGAAAAGAGGGACAGAGAAAGCCCAGCUGUGUGCAUGAAAGAUCUAGAUCCUCCCCUUCUGCUGACUUCUAUGGACAGAAACUUCCAGUUCAAGAGAAGAAGACAGCUGACUAUUCCAAACCUGAGAAAAAUCUCUCAGAACAGGAAAAGAAUAGUACAAGGUUAAAUGAAAAAGGAUACAGUGAACUUGUAUGCAAAGAGAAACUAGAAGCACCUCCCUCAGCUUUGACUGAAGACCUGGAGAAAAAUACUUUAGAUCCUUUGUCCAGUCAUCAUAAACCUGCACUGCAUUUCUCUGACCAUAGCACUCAGAGUGAACCAUCAGCCCUCUCUAAAAACAAGAGCUCUGUUCUCUUGCCCCAUCUGGAGAAGUACAAAUGCCCUGAGGGCACACCUCCUCCUCUUAGCAAUUUUCAGGAGGUCCAGCCUGGAUCACAAGGAGGAGUUUUGGCCUCACUCUCUCCUGUCAACAAUCAAAGCUCCGCCUCAGUUUCAGCCCCUGUUCCCUGGAAGGGGUUGGAGCAUAGCAAAGGGCCAAUCGGGGAGGAGGAGCUACAACAAGAGCUUGUGCCUCCUCCCUUUCCACCUCCUCCCCCUCCCGCUGUCCUGCCCACCCAACAAACCGCUGGCCCUACCCAGCCCACCAUGGAUGGGCAGCGUUCGCCCUCGCCCCAGUUUGCUCCCCAGAGGCUGACUGACAAGCCCCCCGUCUCUGUCUCCAUACAGGAUGAAGCUCCUGGAAGGAUGGAUAGGGUUAAAGAUGAGAACACAUCAGUGAAGAAAGUGCCCAUUAAGAUUGUCCACUCAGAACGUAACACUGAAAAAGAAGGUCGACAAUAUCUCGACCUGCCCAGCGAGACCCCUGUCAGCUCGCAAGAACCUGGAGUAACUCAUCUUCAGAGCUUGGGGAACCCGGAUCAGUCAUACUCUUUGUUCUGUACCUACACCAGGCAAAAGGAUCAGGGGCCUGAACCAAGAGACACAGAUAUGGGCCCUCUGAAAGACCAGGUGCCACAAACCAAUGUGAACCCAAUAUUCAAUGAGUUACAUGGCCUGCAGACAAGCCCUUCAUUAGAUCAAAGUAGCAACGGAUUGUCUUCACAUCCCUUGCAGUCAGAGGACGACGAAAAAAGAAAGGAGCUGGCUAGAGACAUAAUGGACAAGGACAAGUCCCUAGUGGACAUUUUAGACCAGAGUAAGAUGAAGACAACUAUGGAUCUGAUGGAGGGUAUUUUCCCUCAGGGAGAGCAGCUACUGGAGGAGGCCCAACAGCGCAGGAAAGCUGCACCUAAACAGCUCUCUCCUCGUAACUCUGUGGAGAAGAAAGAGGAAGACAACCUGGUGGUGGCUACUGCUUUAGUGACUAAUUCAACCUACUACAGUACAUCUGCACCCAAAGCAGAGCUGCUGAUUAUGAUGAAGGACAUGCAGGAACAGAGUGUGGAACACAACUCAGAAGAGGAGUUGGAGGAGGACAAUGAAAAUGAUCUUGCCAACAAGAAGCAUGAGUUGAUUGACAGCCUCAGCAAGAAGUUGCAGGUGCUGAAGGAAGCUCAGGAGAGUCUACAGGAGGAUGUGCAGGACAACAACGCUCUUGGGGAAGAGGUGGAGGCCAUCGUUCAGGGUGUCUGCAAGCCCAAUGAACUCGACAAGUUCCGUAUGUUCGUCGGUGACCUUGAUAAAGUGGUCAACCUUCUGCUGUCUCUGUCUGGACGUUUGGCCAGAGUAGAGAAUGCCCUGAACAGCCUAGAGGAAGAUGCAUCACAGGAGGAAAGGCAUACUCUGACAGAGAAACGCAAACUGCUGAUCCGUCAACAUGAGGACGCCAAAGAGCUGAAGGAGAACCUUGACAGGAGAGAGCGCGUGGUCUACGACAUCCUGGCCAGCUACCUGCCGGAGGAGAGCAUGGCUGAUUAUGAGCACUUUGUGAAAAUGAAAUCUGCCCUUAUUAUUGAGCAACGCAAGCUUGAGGACAAGAUCAAACUGGGGGAGGAGCAGCUCAAGUGUCUGAUGGACAGUCUCCCAAUGGACCAGAGGACAACUAACUAAGGACUUAAAAAAGGAUUCAUGCUGUAAUCCAGAGCAACUCGCUUGACGUCACCCUAAAUGACAGGGUUCCAGUACUUUGUCCAUUUACUGCCAAUAGAAUUGCAUUCUGGUCAUAUAUUGAGUGCUCCUUGUUUGACCCAGCAGAGAACAUUUUGGCAAGACUCAUGAAGACCCUGAAAGUGCUGGGCACUUUCAGAUCAUGAUUUGACCAAACCUGAUUUUACAGAGCACACUGUGGUUGUUACCAUUUUUAGUGUCAGCUUUUAUUUUAGUGUCUUUUAUGCUUUCAUGACCUUUCAAUGUUACACGACCCAUAGAAUUAUAUGGUGAAAUAAUAAUAAUAAUAAUAAUUUUUAAAGACACUUUCAUUUUUUCCACAACUGUUUAAAUAGACCUUACCCUUACCUAUGUGCUCUCAACACUAGACACUCAGUAUAAACAUGCCAUGGGCACUCGCUGUGCUGUAUCUUUUUAACCACUAGAGGGCAAUGAAAGACACCUUAAAGUGUAUGUGCCUGAAGCCCAAAACAAACACUUGAGAUUCAAACAUACACUCAAAUCCUGGAGUCAUAAAUUUUUCACCCAAGCUUUGCACAUGUAAACUGUGUUGCUAUUUGUAUCUGGAAGUUGUAAUUAACUUCCGAAACUGACUGGGGGGUGCAUUAUUUCAAAUGACAUGUCAUUAUCCUGAUCAUGUUAAAAAAUAAUUCAGUGAUAUUUUUAGUAAUUUAUUUUAGCCUUUUGAAUCUUUGUAUAUAACUAGAAUAGGCUAGUAUUGUACUCUUUCACUUUAUUUUAGCCAAGCAAACUACCACUUUAGUCUGCACGCUUUUUAUAGAUAUAUCACCGUAAAAUACAUUGUAACACCAGAAUUAGGAUUGACUGUAAGUAUUCUAUUGCUUAAAGAAUCUAAGAGACUUGCCUAAACUAUAUAAUAUUAUUUCACUAAGGAUUCAGUGCUUGUCUAUAAAAUACCAGCUGCCUUUUGCUCAAA